AUGCGGUGGCGGGACCGGCUGGCUGUGCUCUUCUUCCCACAAGGCAUGGUGCUCACUGCAGCUGCCCUGAUGCUCUUCCUCAUACACCUUGGGGUCUUUGCCAGCGACGUGCACAACUUCUGCAUCACCCACCGCUACGACCGCAUGAGCUUCCACUACACAGUUGUCCUGAUGUUCUCCCAGGUGAUGAGCAUCUGCUGGGCUGCCAUGGGGUCACUCUACGCUGAGAUGACAGAUGACAAGUUUCUUCGGUGCUUUGCCCUAACCAUCCUGAUGCUAAAUGGAGCCAUGUUCUUCAACCGCCUGUCCCUUGAGUUUCUGGCCAUCCAGUACCGUCAGGAGAACCACUGAGGCCUGAGGACUGGGCUGAGAA